UUACUUCCCCUGCAGUACAGUAAUCACUGCCUUCACAAAUAUCACGUGAUGAUAGAAACGGCACGUGAUUGCAAUUUACAAAAUGGACGGAACACCUUUAAAAGAAAUUCCAGCAACAUGUUUCAUUUGUUUAGAAAAUAAACGAUUUUAUUCCAUAAAAGGAAAAAAAUGCAAAACGUUCGAUACAUGUCUGAAUAGCUAACAACACAUCCAUGUUGAUAUUGACUUUGGAAAUAUCUUGUGUUGUGAAGAAAAAUGUGUCUUGGGUUAUGGAACACUAUUAUUAAUUAAUUUGUCAAGCUUUCAAGCUGGAGUUGUUGUUGGAUCUAUUGGCUGUCACAGUAGCUAUACUACUCACCCUAGCAUCGGAGUCGGCAUCACACCAUGCUAAAUGUUUUGCAUGUAAGCACCACGCCACUGAUUGAUUAAACAAGAGAAAUUCAACAAAGGAACUUUAUUGACAAAGCUUAAAUAACGAGCGAGAAAUUAUAACAGAUUAUAUGUAUUAUCAGAAGAAUAUAAAGGUUACAUUCAACUAAACAUAUUACUGGCGUCAAGUCUAUAAUUUAACAAAUACAUCGUAUAUAAAUUGCAUUGAAACUUUAGAUAUGUGUUUCUAACUCAAUUGUAUCAACUCGGCCAUCUCCGGCAAGCUUCGAGAUAGUGAAUUCCUGUUGGAUACUGACCGACAAACAAUCAAACUUACACCAAUAAACAAUUCAACUGAAUGGCCAAUGAGGCUGAGAGAGAACAACUGUUGACUGCGAGAGACUGUCAGGUCAAGGAGGUCUGCCAAACCGUCAGGCGGAGAGGGAAACAACUAGCUAAAGUUUGCUGUACUAGGUACUUUCUGAAGUCAUUGCUACUGGGCCAGUUUAUAUCGCUGCUGUUAUGUGGUACGGCCGUUAGCACUGGCCUUUUACAAGAGCAGGGGGUGAACAUCCCUACGGCACAAAGUUUUUUCAACUAUGUGCUUCUAUGUAUGGUGUUUACUACCAUCCUGGUGUGUCGGCGUGAGGGGAGAAGCAUGGGUGAAGUGUUACGAUCCUGGGGCUGGAGAUACAUCCUUAUUGCUGUCGUCGAUGUAGAGGCCAACUACUUGGUCGUGAAGGCCUAUGCCUACACGACAGUCACUAGUGUACAACUCCUAGACUGUUUCAGCCUUGUGAGUGUAAUUAUAUUGUCGCGGAUAUUCCUGCGGGCUCGUUAUCGACUGCAGCACUUGAUUGGGGCAGGGGUCUGCCUGCUUGGCAUGACGGGGCUUGUUCUCACUGAUGUUCUGGUGGGCAAAAAUGAUAAUCAAGCAAGUAACAUAGCUCUAGGUGAUGUGCUGAUCAUUGUUGGGGCGACGCUGUAUGGGGUAUCUAACGUGUGUGAAGAGUAUGUGGUACGGACAUACGACAAGGUGGAAUUCCUGGCCAUGGUUGGCCUCUUUGGCAGCUUCAUUAAUGGUGCUCAGUUUUUGAUUUUGGAGCGUGAUGAAAUAUCAACAUUAGAUCUUACAUCUUACAAAACAGUGGUGCCACUACUUGUGUUUGUGCUGUGUCUGUUCACGCUGUACUCAUGUAUGACCGUGGUCAUCCAGCUAACCAGUGCCACAACCGUUAACAUGUCAAUACUCUCAGCAGACUUCUACACCCUCCUCUUUGGACUUUUUCUCUUUAAUUAUAAAUUUCACGUACUCUACUUUGUGGCAUUUGCUGUGAUAAUCCUGGGCCUAUCCGUGUACUCCGCCACACCUACUCAGCUGGAGUCACUAGUUGAGGAACUGGAGGUUCAAGUAGAGGGCUCUCAUUUACAUCAUAACCAGACGGAACUAAAGGUGGACAGUAAUGUCUGUAUGUCUAGUGGCGUUGAUGGUGAAGCAGAGUUUUAUGGCUCUAUUGAUUGUGCUAAUGCCAACGGUGAUAUUAAAGAAAAACAUUCUAGUGUUAAGCAUGGUGGUUUUUCCAAGUUGGAUGACAAUGAGGGACUAAGGGUGGUUGAAAACAAAUCUUGACCAUGUAGUGAUAAUGCCCAGUGCUGUGACCAAUACAGAUUGUUCAUUUUUGAUGCUAAUAUGAUAAAACAAUGAUGUACAUGUGUCUGUUCAACAAGUAAGGCUUAAAAUAAAAUAUAAAUGUUUCCCUUUC